CUCGAGUACGACUUCAAUACGAACAGCUUGGCAGUGACAGUAAUUCAAGCCGAAGAACUGCCAGCCUUAGACAUGGGUGGUACCUCUGAUCCGUACGUGAAGGUUUACUUGCUACCGGAUAAGAAGAAAAAGUUCGAGACGAAAGUACACAGGAAGACGCUCAGUCCUCAGUUCAAUGAAACUUUCACGUUCAAGAGCGUGCCGUACGCAGAUGCGAUGAACAAAACACUUGUCUUUGCAAUCUUUGAUUUUGACAGGUUUUCAAAACACGACCAGAUCGGCGAGGUGAAAGUUCCUCUGUGCCAAAUCGAUCUGGCUCAGACGAUUGAAGAAUGGAGAGAACUGCAGAGCGUAGAAGGCGAAGGUGGUCAGGAUAACAAACUGGGAGACAUUUGCUUUUCGCUUCGAUACGUGCCCACGGCCGGUAAAUUAACGGUUGUCAUUCUGGAAGCCAAGAACCUGAAAAAGAUGGAUGUCGGCGGUCUCUCAGAUCCUUACGUAAAGAUCGCAUUGAUGCAGAACGGCAAAAGGCUGAAGAAGAAGAAAACGUCCAUCAAAAAAUGCACUCUCAAUCCGUAUUACAACGAAUCAUUCACGUUUGAGGUACCCUUCGAGCAAAUACAGGUACGAAUCACAAAAAUUGUUCUUAUUCCGUCCAUUCAGUUCCACCCACUGUUUGAUACAGUUCACAGACACAGGUAA